CGCUGGAGCAGCAGCAGCAGCAACCUGCAUUCACAAAGCAGGAGCGCACUCCAAGAGCGACAAGACACAUCUAGGCUUUAGACAUUAGAUAAACUUAUGUCACAUAUUUUGACAAAGAAAUUUGUGACUAUCAUGAUAAUGGUAGUUUUAUUCUAACACAUGCACGCUGCUUGCUUCUCCUUGUAUGUAAAAUCUGUGUUGGUUGGAUGAUGCGCUUCUGACUUGGAUUAACGCGCGGUGAUAAAGGGACAUUGUGCGCACUUGGAAAAACAUUAUGUAAGGUUGUCCAGGCGUCUUACACUGCAGUAUUACCCUCAGACACAGCCAUGAAAUCUGUGCUGGAGGAUGUGGCGGACACCACCUUCCGGACUAUUACAUCUGGUUUACAGUAUCUGGGCUCCAAUGAUGCCAACUACGACGACCCCCUCAAUGAUGUAGACUUCAAGGGCAGUUUCUCUCUGCAGAAGCCCUUAUCCGCUUUCCGCAGCAACUCCUUCCCAAACAAGGUACCUGCAGACGAGGAGCUCAUCCUCAAGGGCAUCCCGUUCUACCCUACUAAUGCCACAGACUUGUUUGGCAACAGGAGCACGUUCAGAGAUGAGACUAACAACAUACAAUGUGGGGAGAACUUUAUGGACAUGGAGUGUUUCAUGAUCCUGACCCCCAGCCAGCAGCUGGCGGUGGCUGUGAUGUCUCUGACUCUGGGUACCUUCACGGUGCUGGAGAACCUGGUGGUGCUCUGCGUCAUCUUUCAGUCCCGCACCCUCCGCUGCAGGCCGUCCUACCACUUCAUUGGCAGUCUGGCUGUGGCUGACCUACUGGGAAGUGUCAUAUUUGUCUACAGCUUUCUGGACUUCCAUGUUUUCCAUAGGAAGGACGGCCCAAAUGUUUUUCUCUUCAAGUUGGGUGGAGUCACGGCGUCAUAUACGGCAUCUGUGGGGAGCCUUUUCCUCACUGCCAUUGACCGCUACAUCUCCAUACACCGGCCUCUCGCCUACAGGCGUAUCGUGACACGGACCAAGGCUGUCAUUGCUUUUAUUGUGAUGUGGACCAUCUCCAUCGUCAUCGCAGCGCUUCCCCUGCUGGGAUGGAACUGUAAACGUCUCAAUUCUGUUUGCUCAGACAUAUUCCCUCUGAUUGAUGAGAACUACCUGUUGUUCUGGAUCGGUGUAACCAGUGUGCUGGUUCUUUUCAUUAUCUACGCCUACAUAUAUAUUCUCUGGAAGGCACACCACCAUGCUGUACGAAUGCUGAGCCGCACCUCACAGAAGAGCCUUGUUGUUUACUCAGCAGAUGGGACUAAAGUGCAGACCACACGCCCCGAGCAGGCACGCAUGGACAUCCGUCUGGCAAAGACCCUAGUGCUUAUCCUGGUGGUGCUGGUCAUCUGCUGGGGCCCAUUGCUCGCCAUCAUGGUUUAUGACCUCUUCUGGAAGAUGGACGAUGACAUCAAGACAGUAUUUGCAUUCUGCAGCAUGCUCUGUCUGCUCAACUCCACUGUCAACCCAAUCAUUUACGCUUUGAGGAGCAAGGACCUGCGGCACGCCUUCCUGAGCUCCUGCCGUGCCUGCAGGGGCAAUGCCCAGCAGUUGGACAAUAGCCUCGAGUCAGACUGCCAGAACAGAAAUGCCAACAUUUCUGCCAACAGGGCUGCAGAGAGCUGCGUGAAGACCACUGUGAAAAUAGCCAAAGUAACGAUGUCUGUGUCCACUGAAACUUCUGCAGAGGCUGUCUAAUUGGCCGUCACAAGGGAAACUGUGUAAAUGUCAUCUUCUCUCAAACAAUGCCAUUCAACACAAUAAAGCAGAAGUUAGGUAUUCCAGAGAAAAAAAAUCCUCUACUCAAAGUAUUGACUUACAUUCUCACAUAGACGCUUUUAGUGGGUGCAUUAUUUUGUGUCAUUGUGUGAGCACAUAGUGUGCCAAAGUGCCAAAUGGUAUUGCAAGUUCAUAGAAAGGACUCAAGAUUUGAAAGGAUUAUCAAAGACUAUCAUAAGUCUGCUGUUUACCAUAGACUUCAUGAUAUCCAGUUAGUGGAGGCAUAUUAUAUUUUUGUACUGUGAAUUCAGGUUUUGAAACCAAUAUAUCUUCAUUUAUGGGAUAAGGGGCUACUGACAUUGUUAAUUGGAGAUGUUUUUCUGUGUAAUUUAAACUUAACUAACAUGUGUCUUGCACCAUUAAUAUAACACAUUUCCGCACCAUGACUUUCUACAGGGUUCAUGUAGAUGCAACUGACACGCAUAAAGACAUUUCUCUGAGGAAAUUAUAUAUAAAAAAAUCCAAAUAAUCCAUUUAACAUGUCGCUUUUGUACUUCAUCUGACAACACUCGGUGAGUGGCAAAUGUGUGAAGAGAUUUAGUGAAAUGAGGGGUGAUUCAUGCUCAAGAUUAAAAAAAACAACAACUGCAUAUUUAUCACCAUCACAAUUAAACUCAAAUGAGAUGGAAGUAAAUGAAUUCACAGCUUUUGAGUAUUUCAUAUCUGAAAUGGCAUUUUCUGUGGCGGUUGUACCUGUUGUCCAUUUCUUUACUCGCUAGCUGUUAGACCUGUAGAGUAACGUGUCUUUGUUCAAAUGUAUACCUAACAACUGUACAGUGUUUUCUUGCUAAGUAAAGUGUUCAAAUGGACCCAUUCAGCUGUAUAGCUAACACAACACAACAACAAUAACAGCAAGCUUCGGGCAAAAGCUUGAACUUUCAAAACUGAAUUUGGACACAGUGUGCUGGUCACUACUGUAACAAACUGAAGUGGUUUCCGACUAUUGCUGCUUUCAACAAAUGUAUGAUUUUACUGGAUUCAGCCUUGUAUGUGUAUGAUACCUUGUGACUUGGUGAUAUGUUUCCAACCCCAAGUCUUUUGAUCAUUGCAGUGAGUUGUUUUAGUGCUACUGUUGCAGCGGGGCAUCAUUUUGGAAAAUAAAAGCAACCCAUGCACAGGCCUAGUGAAGUAUUUGGCGUAACUCUAAAUAAAAAUAUGUCUGCUGUUAAUUUUACUUAUCUAAACAAAGAAACAGGAGUCUUUUCAUUAGCUGGUAACUUGAAUGGAAGUCUGUGUGUAUGCAUUGUGUGGAGAAUCGACAACAGACCAUACAAAAGAAUCUGAGAACAUGUGAUGUAGUACUUUUAAUCUAGAAAUCUCACAGCACAAUUGUUCUGUAGACGUUUAUCUUGGUGUAAAGUUAUCCAGACAGCUGUUAAUCAGUAUGCUUUGCUGCCUCUUGUAUUAUUGAGUAUUGAAGAUCAAAAUGUCAACUGUCAAGUGGCUUCUGUACAGUGGUGGCAUAAUGAGAAAUCUAUGACUUAGAAACCACAUUUCAGUCAAGUGCUUUUAGUAUUGCUGUUUUCAAACUUUUGAAUAAAGUCGCAGCUGGUUGUCAUUU